UCUGAGAAACAUUUCAGAUCGCCCAGUAAACUUCGUUCAAGCUGCCUGUUCGUUCACAUCGUUAACUCACCGUUCCAAACACACAACGUUCACAGUCCAAAUGGCCUGCAAAAAGAAGACCAAGUUGUGGGACUCAAUGGCCAAGGAUGAGAUGAAGACCACCACACAGGCGAUGCUCGAGGAGGGCGCCAAGGGGCUAAGGACGAUUUCCACGCAGGAGAAAAAGCUGGUCAACUUUCAGUCAUUCAAUAUGGAUGAUCCCCGCUAUGGAUCUUCCGAUAUCGAUGACAUUAUGGAACCCCCAAUGCUGUCCAGUUACACACGACAAUAUUCCCAGCCGUAUCCGAAUCGUUGUAAGCCACUCGUUCCAAAAACCGAAUCUCCAGAUCCGUUAUUUAAUCGCAAACCUAAAAACGAUUUUGAGUUCACAACGGGCCUGGAUUUUAAGUUCCUCGACGAUCAUAUGCACAAUCUUUCCGAAACUCGCAAGAAAGUCAACUUCUUUAGGCAGUUGAGGAAUCAAUCUUUUCUUCUGUACUAACAUGCAAUGUUCCGAGUUGAAAUGUCAAAUUAAAAACUGCUAAUUAAUGCACUUCAACCCACUCGGUGUAGGACGUAAACAAUUUGUUACAAUUUGACCCCUUCAACGCCGGAGUCACGCAACAUGGCUCUUAUUUUAAAAGCUUUCAAUUGUGCCAUGAUUAUAAAUUACCCCUCAUUAUGUUCCGAGAAAAAUUUGUCAAUUGCAUUUUCCGUUGGCCCCAUCGCUUUCAAUAGAAAUCAAUUAAUUUUGCAUAAAUAAACCGGAUUGUCAGCGUGGUCAGGGGACCAAGCACCAUGUGCUUGAGUAUUAUUAGGUUAAAGCUGGUACACUUUUCUUGGAAAAAAUAGCAAACAAAUUGCAAUUAAUAAUGCAGAAGGCAGCGAGCCAGCCAGCCAGGUCGCUAUAUCGCCCCGGGCACUGGCAUUGCUGCCAAUUUGCAUAAAUGCUAGAAGAACUCUCUCGGUGGCCAGUGUCCAGUGGCCAAUGGGCAAUCGGUCGGCAGGGUGGUGUCAAACUAAUGGCAGACUAUGACAGGGAUCUGAUUUAUUAUGCACGGUAAUUAGUUUGGCCUCCUUAGCGUCCAAAUGGAAGCCAAUAAACCAGGCUGUCAUGCCGCUGCAUUGAUUUUGGCCCGAGGAAAGCGCGCAAAAGCGAUGGAUUUCCUUCGUCUACCGCCGCGAGCAUCGCUUCCAUGGAGUGCGAUGGCAUGGCUAUGGCUAUGGCUACGGUCAAAACAGAACACUCUCCGGCUGGCAGGAGCAUGAAAGUCGGAAUGAAUGUUCCGAGGUGACAGCCCAUCCGGCGGAGGAAGGAGCAGGACUGGCUGGGGCCCGGACAUUGUGACUGCACAGAACAUCACUCGGACACGUUGUCCUUGCGCUGCAGCUCUUCAUCAGGAUCCCAGUGAGGUGGAGCAGUUGAAAGGGGCAUUUGUGAUUUGCUGGGUUCGAACGGAAAGGCAUCAAAAUCUGUCUACAGCUUUAUCAAAUUAUAUUCGAAAUUAUUCUGCAAACUUUAAUUAAAAUUAUUAUGUA